CUCCGAUAUUUGUUGCUUCCUAAUUACUAUACUUGCCAAAAGUUCCUUACUAUGGCCUCGGAAAGUCCCUUUUGGGGCCCAUCUACUUCGCAUGCCAAUUUCUGCGAGGAGGACUACGUGGUCACCAGAUACAUUGCCGAGUUUAUCAACACCCUGACCAAUCUCGUGUACAUAUUCUACGCAAUAUACGGAAUUCGCCAUCUGCAUCGACAAUCGAAUAAGGAUGUCUUCCGCGCCCUUCCCUACUGGGGCUUGAUGGGUGUGGGUAUCGCCUCUGCAGCUUUCCACAUGAACCUCAAGUACCAUACCCAGAUGAUGGACGAUGUAUCCAUGCUCCUCGCCACAACCCCGGUGCUCCACCGCGUCAUGACCGUGAACACCAGUCGCAGAACCUCGACUAUUUUGGCAAUUCUGCUGAGCGCAGCUCUUCUGGGACUCGUUGUAGUCCACGUACUGACAGACGAGCUCAUCUUACAUUCCGUCACUUUCGUAGUCAGCGUGACGAUCAUUGGAGUCCGUACGAUGCAGCUAAUCACUACCCGUACGCCAAAGAAUUCUCUCGCUCGGCGGCAGAUCUGGGGUAUGGUGAGAUUUGGAGCUGCUAUCUUUGAGCUGGGAUUCCUCGUCUGGCUAGUUGAUGGGUGGGUAUGUGGAUGGUUGAGAAGCUCGCGGGCAGCUAUUGGUCUACCGUGGGCGUUUCUACUGGAACUACAUGGAUGGUGGCACAUCUGCACCGGAGUUGGAGCCUACAUAUUCAUCGCGGUCAUUGAUCACUUGGUGUCUGGGGAAGAUGUUGAGGCCAUUGAGUACUCAUUUGCUUGGCCUGCACCAUGGGCUUCUCGUUCUUUCUUUGCGGGAAAAGGUUCAGCAGUGGGUGUCAGGUCGGAGUUAAAGACAGAGUGAGGCGAGGGCUCUAUAUGGAGGGUUUGAGGCGGGAGACGAAGGGACCGAGCAUCAGAUAUGCUCCUAAGCCAAGCUUUAAGCUCAAACUCUUCAACCACUCAAGCUAUGACGGUUUCCAUGUAUAAGAACAUUCUGUACAGUCAUAGCAAUGAUUGAUGAAUCCGAAAUAGGAGAUAAGCUCGCACCGGAAUGAUAUCCAGCCAAUGAAGAAGCC